AUGCUAACUAUCGUGAGGUUUGUACUACAGGUCGCUCCAGCUAAUGCCGCGCUGGAGCAGACUACCAAUGUCAUCUCUAAUUUUCUGGGUCCUCCGCCGAACCUCCUAUUCCACAAAGCCUGCGAGUUCGGCUCGGUCACGCUUCUCGACUGGAUCUGGAGUGCUAGCUGCGCUACCGCUGCUGACAGAACACCCAGUUGGUCUUUGAACAACUUCCUGCGGUCGGACCCGCAUUACCACAAGUGGCAGUUCUCGAAAUCACUGGAAGUGGCCGCAGGUCGGGGGGAGUUACCGUUGGUGGAAUGGUUGUUCGCGCAUUUUUCAGGCUGCGAGGCCCCUCAUAAUCCUAUGUAUUGGGCUGCUAAGGGCGGCAAUCUCGAUAUUCUCGAAUGGCUCCAAGUCAAUUGUGUGCGACAGCAAUGGGGGACUGACAUAAUGGAUAUCGCAGCGAGGGAAGGGUACCUGGAUGUGGUAAAGUGGCUGUACCACAACCGGCCAGAAGGCUGUAUGGGUCUGUCCGAAUCAGACGUUGAGAGCGCCAUCACACACGUUCUAAGCAUCGGUAACCUUGAGCUUGCGGAGUGGCUGCUAUCGACAGACAGAUGCGUAUUUGACUAUGCUGUUGCUUGGCCACGCGCUGAAGUGAUUGAAAAGAUGCUCGAGUGUGGAUAUCUGCAGUUUAACGACCAUCGAGCGGCGCCAUUACUGUCAGCUUCGGCUCACUGGGGGCGUAUGGAUCUCGUCUGCAGCGUUGUUCAGCUGCACUCCCCACUUCCCAAGGAUCACAAGCGUUGGGUCGACAAUUGGGUCAUUGCCGCGGAGACAGCUUGUCGAAAUGGGCAUGUACCGAUGUUGCAGUGGCUGAUGGCGCACCCAUUGUGGACUGAAGUGUGUGAAAGCACAGAGUAUGGCAGAAACCUCGCCUUCCUCCUCCCAGAUGCAGCUGAAGGAGGACAUGUAGAGGUCAUGGAAUUUUUAUACUGCAAUGAACUCUCCGACCAGGUUUAUCACGCUAUGCUAAUCGCUAUCAAGAAAGGUCAGACGAGCUCGGUUAAGUGGUUGCUUGAUCGUUACGCACGUGAGCUCGACGCAAAGACAGCUCGGGAUGGCGGCCGACGAAGCGGUUAUACCAGCCAGUAG